AUGUGCACUGUGCAGUUAUCAGCAAGACAGGAGUACCUGGUCUCGCUCCGUAACCAGAUCACCCUUUACAUGGACCUGUGUACUGAAGUGGAGGUCAAGUUGGGGGAUGUGUCCAGUACUCUCGAUAAACCAAACCUCUGGUUAUCUAGCUCACUGGAUGGAGGACUGCAGGAACAGCUCGAUAUCACCAAGGAUCUGCAGAGUGAGUUACGUACGAUAGGAGAGGACAUUACCAGUGUAGAACAGUUCGCAGGGAAGCUAGAUCAGAUAAUGCCAGGACAAACCCACAACUCUCAGAACUUACGGGACAACUUCAACAAUUUAUCAGCCCGUGUGGGUGAGAAGUCAAACUAUUUGGAGGUGGAGAGUAACAAAUUCCUCAAGUUCCGUCAGGACUACAAUGAGCUAGGGGCAUGGCUACAGACAGCUCUAAAUGACGGGCCCAGUGAAGAAAGUAACACAGCAGACUCUUUAGGAAGCUUACAACGCUCCCAGAACAUCUACAACACGUACAAGACUAGAGUAGACGAGCUGAGCGUGUUAAAACUGAAACUAGACAAUGUUAUAGCGUACGGAAGAGACCUACUGAUACAUCUCUCUCCCUCUGCUGCAAAACAACUCACGAGUGAUCUGACAAUACUACACACGUUGUGGGAAAAGCUAGACGAGGAAGUGAGAAGUAGAUACAGUGAAGUUAACAUAGCAUUAGAGGGACUCCUCAACCUGCAGGACCACACUAACACUAUCACAACCUGGUUAGAAGGGUUGAGUAGAAGAGAGAGUACACACCAACCUGAGGGAGGGGACCAGUACACUAGACAUGUGCAACUCUACCAUGGUUACAUCGACCAGCUUAACACUCAGUCAGCGGAAAUACAGUCUACUCGACAACUCUCUCACCAGUUGAUGGGAUCACUAGAUUCUAGUUACGAGCAGUUCAUUUCCUGCCAGUUUGAGACUUGUAACGGUCGAUGGGUUCAGCUCUCUGAUAAGAUCACACGUAAAUCAGAGCGAUGUCGCCACUUGCAAGACCUUCAAGCGUCACUUCGUGGUCACGAGGUCAUGAUGUCACAGUUUGACACUAUGCUGAAGGAGCUGGAGUUAUUGUUGCGUAGUGAAGGCUAUGAUAAGAGUUUUAUAACCGGGUUACCAGGACUACACGACCAGAUCACCGCCUCCCUACAGCUGGUGGGCUCGCUAGAGAAGGAGUGCGGGCAACUACAACUAGAGGACAGUGUGUGUAGUUGUGGGCUGGAGAUAUCACUGGGAACUACUAGCAGCAAGUGUAGAACUAAGUGCCAACUUCUACUGGAACUCCUCUCUAAAUAUCAGGGUGAUCUAGACGCGCACCUGAGGGAUGUUAAACUGUGCACUGCUCUGUACUCUGAACUGACUACUGAACUUGGUGUGAUAGCAGGACACGUGUUAUCAGCACUGAGCAACACUUCUCUUCCUAUAGCAGACAGAGUAAGUUUACAGUAA